AUGAGCGGCCGUGAAGCUGGAUCCUCUUCAGCUCGACCGUACCGGUCAAAGCGCCAUCGGCCAUGCGACAGUUGUCGGCGUCGAAAACAAGCCUGUUGUCUUGAAGGUCAACCCCCUUGUCGCCUCUGCGUUGAGCUGCGCAUCGCAUGCACUUUCAAUGAUCCCCCUAGCAAGCGCCGGCGGACUGGUACACAGCAGCCGUCUCCGUUGACUUGCUCUUUGGAAUCCAAUGACUCUGAUAUAGUUGAAGGUUUUGAGGCUACAGAUUGCGACUUGGACGCUGCAUCAGACGGUGGACAUGGUAGCACCAAUGAUGCUCCUUGGGAAUUCACCCAUAUGGCCACGUCUGGAGAUGUCAGCAAUGUCACUAUAGACCUUGGCCCGGAUCCCCAAGUGAGUGAUACGCAUGAUGGAAAUCUGGACGGCAGAUUGAUGCCAAGCCAUGACAUGUGGUAUUUGGCCUCUCUUUGGGACGUGAACCAAAGUGGCUCGAUGAUGCACCCCACGGCUGCAGUGGGAGAAGUGGAAGCGAACGAGAAUGAGAUUGGUCUCCUGAAUUUCUCAACAAGGUCUCCCGUCCUGCCAAGCCCCAGACAGAGUGCUACUCAGCCGGCUGGGAAUACUUCAAUUUCGGCCGAAACAGCUCUGUACUAUACAACAAGCCACUCUUAUCCGGCGCGCGUCCCAGUGCCACUACAGCAAGACAAGACAACCAAUUAUCUGAGCCCUUCCAGUGACCUCGACCCAUAUUUGCUUCAACACAUGCGAUUUCCGGCCGAUGGUAUUUCCAACUUCAAACACUUUCAGUAUCGUGUUUUAGCUAGCAAGGCGACGACAUCGUCGGCCCAGCAGCGAUCCUCUGAGCAUUCGCCAGCUUACUUCAUAGUGAACAAGCGAACCACACUGGAGAACGGUGAUGAUAUGAACGCGCCUAAACCAGAUUCAUCGUUGAAUUUGGAGGAUCUUGUAAACCCUCAAGUUGGAUCUUGUCUAGUCGGAUUAUUCUUACGCUACGUCUUUCCCGGUCUCCCCAUUCUGUCACGUAGUCGAUUGACGUUGAAGACAAAGACUCUUCUGCCUCGGCCUGAGACCUUGAAGAUCCUGCCCUCUCACCUCCUAGCAGCCAUCUACGCCUCGGCCGAUCAAUUCCGCCGUUACGAUCCUUUCCUAUGUGCUUCACCAGAAAGAAACACGGGUCUUGUUGAUCAUCUUUGGCGUAUAGCCUAUGACGGCAUUCAGCAAAAUUUGCACAAGCCCCAGCUAGACCUCCUGCAGACUAUACUUUUAUAUCUGCAGCAUACAGGCAGGCGAGACGAAGCGGCUGCAGCCAACAAGACGGCCGAAUGGUCCCUCACGGGAUCGGCCAUAAAUAUCGCGUAUCAACUAGGACUACACAUUGACUGCACGGACUGGUCCAUUCCUACUUGGGAGCAGCGGCUGCGACGGCGUCUCUGGUGGGUGACGUACUCGGAGGCCAGUUGGCGGACUUUAUUGCAAGGUUUCCCGCAAACCAUUUCUCCAGACCAAUGGGAUGUCCGACCAUUGGACGAAAAUGAUUUUUUCAUUGAUAGUAUCCGUAUACCUUCAGAAGAAUCAUCUACGCGAGUACCAGCAUUGCAAGAGCCCUGCCAAUUUUGUCAUCUCGGUUAUGACUUCCGCUUCGUGGCUGAUUUGAGUCAUCACGCAAGCAAUCUACACUGUCGCAUGUACACCAUGGCAGCUAUCCGGAAAUGCUCUGGUAACUUCAAAGAGACCCUGGGUAUUGGGUCCUCUCUCUUGGCCGACCUGCAGAGAUGGAAAAAGGACCUACCAUCGCACAUUACUACACAUAGUCUAUCCAACAUACGAGAGAAUCGCGACUAUUUUCAUCCAGGAUCGGCCACCAAUAUCAAGAUGGCCUAUCUUACUAUUGAGGUCUUGAUAUAUCGCGCUAUACUCCGGUCGCUACCAUCAAAGUUGACUGCGAAUGAAAUAGAUCCGCCCCCAGAACAACGCCAUGACGGCGAUACUCCAAAUGGCCAAGCCCCCGGUUCCGUGUUGGAAACCUACCGUGCUGCUAUCAAUGUCAUGCAACGCAUCUCGGGCUUUGUGGAGCGACUCGGAUCAUAUGACCGGAAUAGUCUUUAUUAUGCUUGGACCGAAGAAUGUUUCAGCAUCAUGUCGAAUUUCAUUCUGUUUCUCCUCGUCAGGGCGCCGACGGCAGAAAUCGCCAAGGAUGUAUUGGCAUUAUUGGCACGUUGGGUCAUUCUAUUACGCGAACAGUGUAUCUUGUUUGACCAGACCCGUCUCGCGCUUACCCGGUUGGAUACUGUCUUUCACAUGGGCAUGGAAAACGUCUUUCACUUUUCUCCUCAUGUGAAGAAAGCGGUAGAAGAUGAGUUCCCGAUGCGGUUAUACAAGAACUAG